UUAAGCCAGUAGAUGAGGAGCCUAUGGCUGUGAACAACCUGAUUGUUAAUCGGAAUAUUGAAAUACCUUUGGUCCUUGAGAAUUUGCUUAACUCAACAUUUGAUAGGUUAGAUAGAGGGAACUAUCCAAUUACGUCUUCAGAAGGUACAUGUGGAGCAUAUUUUAUGCUUGAUGCAUUGGGGAAAAAGUAUAUAUUUGUUUUUAAGCCAGUAGAUGAGGAGCCUAUGGCUGUGAACAACCUGAUUGUUAAUCGGAAUAUUGAAAUACCUUUGGUCCUUGAGAAUUUGCUUAACUCAACAUUUGAUAGGUUAGAUAGAGGGAACUAUCCAAUUACGUCUUCAGAAGGUACAUGUGGAGCAUAUUUUAUGCUUGAUGCAUUGGGGAAAAAGUAUAUAUUUGUUUUUAAGCCAGUAGAUGAGGAGCCUAUGGCUGUGAACAACCUGAUUGUUAAUCGGAAUAUUGAAAUACCUUUGGUCCUUGAGAAUUUGCUUAACUCAACAUUUGAUAGGUUAGAUAGAGGGAACUAUCCAAUUACGUCUUCAGAAGGUACAUGUGGAGCAUAUUUUAUGCUUGAUGCAUUGGGGAAAAAGUAUAUAUUUGUUUUUAAGCCAGUAGAUGAGGAGCCUAUGGCUGUGAACAACCUGAUUGUUAAUCGGAAUAUUGAAAUACCUUUGGUCCUUGAGAAUUUGCUUAACUCAACAUUUGAUAGGUUAGAUAGAGGGAACUAUCCAAUUACGUCUUCAGAAGGUACAUGUGGAGCAUAUUUUAUGCUUGAUGCAUUGGGGAAAAAGUAUAUAUUUGUUUUUAAGCCAGUAGAUGAGGAGCCUAUGGCUGUGAACAACCUGAUUGUUAAUCGGAAUAUUGAAAUACCUUUGGUCCUUGAGAAUUUGCUUAACUCAACAUUUGAUAGGUUAGAUAGAGGGAACUAUCCAAUUACGUCUUCAGAAGGUACAUGUGGAGCAUAUUUUAUGCUUGAUGCAUUGGGGAAAAAGUAUAUAUUUGUUUUUAAGCCAGUAGAUGAGGAGCCUAUGGCUGUGAACAACCUGAUUGUUAAUCGGAAUAUUGAAAUACCUUUGGUCCUUGAGAAUUUGCUUAACUCAACAUUUGAUAGGUUAGAUAGAGGGAACUAUCCAAUUACGUCUUCAGAAGGUACAUGUGGAGCAUAUUUUAUGCUUGAUGCAUUGGGGAAAAAGUAUAUAUUUGUUUUUAAGCCAGUAGAUGAGGAGCCUAUGGCUGUGAACAACCUGAUUGUUAAUCGGAAUAUUGAAAUACCUUUGGUCCUUGAGAAUUUGCUUAACUCAACAUUUGAUAGGUUAGAUAGAGGGAACUAUCCAAUUACGUCUUCAGAAGGUACAUGUGGAGCAUAUUUUAUGCUUGAUGCAUUGGGGAAAAAGUAUAUAUUUGUUUUUAAGCCAGUAGAUGAGGAGCCUAUGGCUGUGAACAACCUGAUUGUUAAUCGGAAUAUUGAAAUACCUUUGGUCCUUGAGAAUUUGCUUAACUCAACAUUUGAUAGGUUAGAUAGAGGGAACUAUCCAAUUACGUCUUCAGAAGGUACAUGUGGAGCAUAUUUUAUGCUUGAUGCAUUGGGGAAAAAGUAUAUAUUUGUUUUUAAGCCAGUAGAUGAGGAGCCUAUGGCUGUGAACAACCUGAUUGUUAAUCGGAAUAUUGAAAUACCUUUGGUCCUUGAGAAUUUGCUUAACUCAACAUUUGAUAGGUUAGAUAGAGGGAACUAUCCAAUUACGUCUUCAGAAGGUACAUGUGGAGCAUAUUUUAUGCUUGAUGCAUUGGGGAAAAAGUAUAUAUUUGUUUUUAAGCCAGUAGAUGAGGAGCCUAUGGCUGUGAACAACCUGAUUGUUAAUCGGAAUAUUGAAAUACCUUUGGUCCUUGAGAAUUUGCUUAACUCAACAUUUGAUAGGUUAGAUAGAGGGAACUAUCCAAUUACGUCUUCAGAAGGUACAUGUGGAGCAUAUUUUAUGCUUGAUGCAUUGGGGAAAAAGUAUAUAUUUGUUUUUAAGCCAGUAGAUGAGGAGCCUAUGGCUGUGAACAACCUGAUUGUUAAUCGGAAUAUUGAAAUACCUUUGGUCCUUGAGAAUUUGCUUAACUCAACAUUUGAUAGGUUAGAUAGAGGGAACUAUCCAAUUACGUCUUCAGAAGGUACAUGUGGAGCAUAUUUUAUGCUUGAUGCAUUGGGGAAAAAGUAUAUAUUUGUUUUUAAGCCAGUAGAUGAGGAGCCUAUGGCUGUGAACAACCUGAUUGUUAAUCGGAAUAUUGAAAUACCUUUGGUCCUUGAGAAUUUGCUUAACUCAACAUUUGAUAGGUUAGAUAGAGGGAACUAUCCAAUUACGUCUUCAGAAGGUACAUGUGGAGCAUAUUUUAUGCUUGAUGCAUUGGGGAAAAAGUAUAUAUUUGUUUUUAAGCCAGUAGAUGAGGAGCCUAUGGCUGUGAACAACCUGAUUGUUAAUCGGAAUAUUGAAAUACCUUUGGUCCUUGAGAAUUUGCUUAACUCAACAUUUGAUAGGUUAGAUAGAGGGAACUAUCCAAUUACGUCUUCAGAAGGUACAUGUGGAGCAUAUUUUAUGCUUGAUGCAUUGGGGAAAAAGUAUAUAUUUGUUUUUAAGCCAGUAGAUGAGGAGCCUAUGGCUGUGAACAACCUGAUUGUUAAUCGGAAUAUUGAAAUACCUUUGGUCCUUGAGAAUUUGCUUAACUCAACAUUUGAUAGGUUAGAUAGAGGGAACUAUCCAAUUACGUCUUCAGAAGGUACAUGUGGAGCAUAUUUUAUGCUUGAUGCAUUGGGGAAAAAGUAUAUAUUUGUUUUUAAGCCAGUAGAUGAGGAGCCUAUGGCUGUGAACAACCUGAUUGUUAAUCGGAAUAUUGAAAUACCUUUGGUCCUUGAGAAUUUGCUUAACUCAACAUUUGAUAGGUUAGAUAGAGGGAACUAUCCAAUUACGUCUUCAGAAGGUACAUGUGGAGCAUAUUUUAUGCUUGAUGCAUUGGGGAAAAAGUAUAUAUUUGUUUUUAAGCCAGUAGAUGAGGAGCCUAUGGCUGUGAACAACCUGAUUGUUAAUCGGAAUAUUGAAAUACCUUUGGUCCUUGAGAAUUUGCUUAACUCAACAUUUGAUAGGUUAGAUAGAGGGAACUAUCCAAUUACGUCUUCAGAAGGUACAUGUGGAGCAUAUUUUAUGCUUGAUGCAUUGGGGAAAAAGUAUAUAUUUGUUUUUAAGCCAGUAGAUGAGGAGCCUAUGGCUGUGAACAACCUGAUUGUUAAUCGGAAUAUUGAAAUACCUUUGGUCCUUGAGAAUUUGCUUAACUCAACAUUUGAUAGGUUAGAUAGAGGGAACUAUCCAAUUACGUCUUCAGAAGGUACAUGUGGAGCAUAUUUUAUACUUGAUGCAUUGGGGAAAAAGUAUAUAUUUGUUUUUAAGCCAGUAGAUGAGGAGCCUAUGGUUGUGAACAACCCUCGAGGGCUGCCUAUUUCAGUGGAUGGGGAAGGACUAAAGAAGGGAACAAGAGUCGGGGAAGGUGCAUUGAGGGAAGUUGCUGCCUACAUUUUAGAUCAUCCAAAGAAUGGGCGCCGCUUUAUUUGUGGGGAGGAUAAGGGAUUUGCUGGGGUCCCACCUACAAUGAUGGUCAAGUGCUUGCACAAUGGAUUUAAUCAUCCAGAUGGUUUAACUGUCAAGAUUGGGUCUUUGCAGAUGUUCAUGGAGAACCAUGGAAGUUGUGAGGACAUGGGUCCUAGUGCUUUCCCAGUGGAGGAGGUACAUAAAAUCUCCGUGUUGGAUAUAAGGAUGGCAAAUGCAAAUAGGCCUGUUGGGAACAUUUUGAUGAGCAAAGGUGAAGAUGGCCGAACUGUGCUGAUUCCAAUUGAUCAUGGAUAUUGCUUUCCUGAGAGCGUGAGAUUUCAUGGACCGAGCAAUAUCCAUGAUCAAUUGGAAUCAACACAAUUCGACCAUCUUCACCUUUGCUCAUCAAAUGUUCCCAGCAUGCCUAUCUGCAUUUGCCAUCCUUAUAUCCAACACAGAGAUUUUAUGUGCCUCCUCCACUGGGAAAGCACUAGAACCCAUGUCCUCACAACUUCCAUGGUUCUCCAUGAACAUCUGCAAAGACCCAAUCUUGACAGUUAA